AGCAAGCUAGCGUAGCAAAGUCGUCAACCAGAAAUUUGGACUGGAAGAGAUGGAGGCUGUGUACCACAGUCAUCACUGAAAGCUGUUUUUCAAUUUAAACAGUACUUGGAAUCAUAAAACCACUGACAUUCCCUUCGUGACACAGGGGUCAAAGGUCAGGCUGAGUCACCAUGGAGUCCAUGCUGAACAAGCUCAAGAGCACUGUCACUAAGGUGACGGCCGACAUGACCAGCGCCGUCAUGGGAAACCCGGUGACGCGUGAAUUUGAAGUGGGCCGCCACAUCGCCAGCGGCGGGCCCGGCAUGUGCUGGAGGAUCUACAACGGAACCAAGAAGUCAACCAAACAGGAGGUGGCUGUGUUUGUGUUUGAUAAGAAGAUGGUGGAUAAGUAUCAGAAGUUUGACAAGGACCAGAUCAUUGAGUCUCUGAAGAGAGGUGUGCAGCAGCUCACCAGACUGCGUCACCCUCGUCUGCUCACUGUCCAGCAUCCACUGGAAGAGUCGAGGGACUGCCUGGCGUUCUGUACAGAGCCAGUGUUUGCCAGUCUGUCCAAUGUGCUGGGUCAGUGGGACAACCUGCCCAGCCCCGUGCCCACAGACAUCAAGGACUACAAGCUGUACGACGUGGAGACCAAGUAUGGCCUGUUGCAGAUCUCGGAGGGCUUGUCAUUCCUACACAGCGGGGUGAAGAUGGUCCAUGGGAACCUGUGUCUGGAGAACGUCAUCCUCAACAAGAGCGGAGCCUGGAAGAUCAUGGGCUUUGACUUCAGCAUCUCCUCCACCAACCCCUCCGAUGCCGAGCUCAAGUAUUCCUGUAAGGAGUGGGAGCCCAACCUGCCGCCGCUUUGCCUGCCCAACCCAGAGUAUCUGGCCCCCGAGUACAUCCUGUCGGUGAGCUGCGACGCCGCCUCGGACAUGUACUCGCUGGGCGUGGUGAUGCACGCCGUCUUCAACGAGGGCAAGCCCGUGUUCCAGGUCAACAAGCACGACAUCUUCAAGAGCUUCAGCCGACAGCUGGACCAGCUCAGCAGACUGAGCCCCACCAUGUUGAAUAAGAUUCCUGAGGAGGUGAGGGAGCACGUCAAGAUGCUGCUGAGUGUCACGCCCAACGUCCGGCCUGAUGCUGACCAGAUGACCAAGAUCCCCUUCUUUGAUGACGUGGGGGCGGUGACGCUGGCCUACUUUGACUCCCUCUUCCAGAGGGACAACCUGCAGAAGUCCCAGUUCUACAAAAACCUGCCCAAGGUCUUGCCCAAGCUACCCAAGAGAGUGGUGGUGUAUCGUAUCCUCCCAGCCCUCACCUCAGAGUUCGUGAACCCAGACAUGGUGCCGUUCGUUCUGCCCAACGUGCUACUGAUCGCAGAGGAGUGUACCAAGGACGAGUACGUCAGACUCAUCCUGCCGGACCUCAGCCCUGUGUUCAAGCAGCAGGAGCCUGUCCAGAUCCUGCUGAUCUUCCUGCAAAAGAUGGACCUGCUGCUGACCAAGACCCCACCGGAGGACAUUAAGAACAGCGUUCUGCCCAUGGUCUACAGAGCCCUGGAGGCCCCCUCCAUCCAGAUACAGGAGCUGUGUUUGAACAUAAUCCCUACCUUCGCCAACCUGAUCGAGUAUCCCUCCAUGAAGAACGCACUCAUCCCCCGCAUCAAGUCUGCCUGUCUACAGACCUCCUCACUUGCAGUGAGGGUGAACUCCCUGGUGUGCCUGGGGAAGAUUCUGGAGUACCUGGACAAAUGGUACGUCAUUGACGAGAUCCUUCCCUUCCUGCAACAGAUCCCCUCCAGAGAACCAGCCGUACUCAUGGGGGUUCUAGGGAUCUACAAGUGUACCUUCUCCCAUAAGAAACUGGGCAUCCCCAAAGAGCACCUAGCUGCCAAGAGUCUGCCUCACCUAGUCUCGCUCAGUAUAGACAACAACCUCAACCUCAACCAGUUUAACUCCUUCAUGGCUGUGAUCAAAGACAUGCUGACUCGUAUGGAGGCAGAACACAAGACCAAACUGGAGCAGCUACACAGCAUGCAGGAACAGCAGAGGAGUAUGAAUAUUAAUACCAGUCAGACCAACCAAUCGGAAGAGACUACGCGCACCCCCAGCCCUGGCAACCAGAUUGAUGAUGUCUUUGGAGGGAGUUCUAGGAGUGCAGGGGUUAAUGGGAAAGCGAACGGAAACUCGGCAUCAGCUCCCCAACUCAACAGAAUGUCUUUGACUCUGGAGGAGAAGCAGCGUUUAGCCAAGGAGCAGGAACAGGCAGCCAAACUAAGAAACCAGCCAGCACUAGCCCCCCAGAGUAUCAAACCAGCUACUCCUUCUACCCAGGCCAAGGACCUGACCAGCUGCCUGCUGAACAAUAUGACAUCCCUGGGCAGCCUGUCCCUCACCUCUCCCCCCAGACCAGCCCUCAUCCAGGGCAGCACCAUCUCAGCCUACCCCUCCACAACCCCCAUGGGCUCUCUGGUCAGCAACGGCUACAACCCAACUAUGGGCUUCCAGACAGGGGGUCUGGGCAUGCGGCCCCCCGGCCCCGGCCUCUACGGAGGGAUGGCCACCACCACCAGCACCCCUAACUUUGGUGCCCUGACCCACAACCAAGGGAGUACCAACACCCCUGACAUGUCUGCCUUGGACUCCUUAUUCACUUCCAACAAGCCCAAAGUCAGCCUCAACCAAAUGGCUCCUCCCAAGCCCACCCCUGAGACCACCGCCACCCCCUGGCUUAAUCAGUUUGGUUCAGCCCAGCCCAGUCAGACUGCCCCGAUGCAGGGCACGCCAUUAGCCAUGGGAGGGGUGACCAGCGGGUUCGGGAUGCAGGCCAACCCUUUCUUCAGCCCGCAGAACUUCUCUCAGCCCACUUCCGCUCCCGGAAUGAACGCGGGUGGUGGGCUUAGACACAGUUCGUCUGUCAACAACGACCUGAAAGACCUAUUUGGCUGAGAACAACUUUCCCCUCUUUAAUGACGACAGACUGAUGAAAGGGGAGUUGGACUUUUGAACUGCAAACAAGAAGAAUGAAAAAUCCACUUUUUGGACCGACUGUGAAAACGAUAAUGAAAUCCACUUGAUAUUUGUUGCUAUUUGUAUUUUAAUCUUCUGUGGUUUGGGUUGCAGUGUGGUUCUUCUAUGCUCCCAUCGGACUGAACACUGAAGACUCAGCUUUUCAAUCUGUACGCGGAUUCCAAAUCUUCUUGACUAGAGAGAGAGAGAGAGAGAGAGGGGAAAAAGACACUUACGUUGUGUUCUGCUCUCAGUAAUGUUUGUGGGGGUUUCAUAUCGUUUCUUUCCUGAGACACUUUGGGGUGAAAGGUUUAUUCUAGAAUGCAUAUCUUCUCCAUAAUCCCUGUUCUAUGUGCUAGGAUGAGCAGUGGCAUGGAGACCAGUCUUUCUCAGUCCAUUCCUUUUUAGCCCAGCGCCAACACAUGUUAUUCAUGCUGCCCACCUCAGCAGCCUGCUUUAUCAUAUCAGCGUGGUUCUUUUUAGUGGGGUCCUGUUGCUUUGAGGACGACAAUCCAGAAGAGCUGUAGAAUCGCCGGCUAAACCGCACGGGCGGAAAGGCCAAGUCUCCAUGGAAACGGUCUCCGCAGUAACACCCCAGUCCAUUUUGGGAUUUUUAGUACCUAUGCUUUCUGUUCUCUGCCUAGAAUGAGAUGAUGGAUAAGGAUUCAACAGUGAUGUGUCAAGAUUCUUACAGUAUAAAUUAAUCAAAAUGAAACGGGAUGGAAGUGAAAAUCUAAUCGAAGUUUAUUGGUUGCGUACACAGUUUAGCAGAUGUUAUAGUGGUUGUGGUGAAAUGUUACUAGCACUUCUGCAAUUUCUACAUCUGACCUAAAGAAAGGGUAUUUUCUGAGACGAAAUCCAAUUCACCAACAGUUUGAAAAGGGAGGGGUUGAUUGUGUUUAGGCAAUUAGUCUGGUUAGGGAUUGUUAUCCACACAGAAUCCUGUGUGUGCUGUGAGGGUGACGUUACAUACGGCUACCUUCUUAAUUGAAGUAACUCACCUGCAUAUGUACUGAAUGGUUUGCUGUAAGUGAGUGAUUGGUCGAUAUAUACUGGGAAUUGUGAAGGAAUGUGAAGUAGUACACACAAAUGUGUGCAUAUUGAAAUGUCAGCACAAUCAUAAUUCAUUUAGUUAGUUUGCCCGGUAUGUUCCUGUUUUGUAAUACCCCCUCUGACUUCAUCAAUGUGUUCCCUUCCAUCAUGUUACUGGCCUGACCAAGAUGGGACACCACAAACGAUUGUGAUCCUGUUGAAAUGUGGUGAAUUUAGUAAUUGUUUUAUUCCAUGCAUCAAACCAGGCUGCUUUCAACAAAGCAAGCAGUCCGUGCAUUUUAAGUUAAUCGUUGGACAUAUCAAAUGCAGUUUUUAUUUAAAAAACUCAUAUAUAUAUAUAUAUAUAUAUAUAUGAGUUGAGCACUUUUUCAUUAAAGGGGACCUGUCCUAAAUUGUUGAUAAAUAAAUCGAUUUAAAAUGGGAGAGCUCUUAAAGGGGCCCUUGGAUUGUUGUGCUCUUGUGAUGAUGAAUGAGAGGCCUUAGAGGAGUGCUGUGUGCAGUAAUAAUCCUUGGCGGUGGAACUAAGUCUGGGGCUACAUCUCAAUAGUCAAAAGUAGUCUCCUUUCCUCGUCCCCUUUGCAUAUCUUCUUCCCUUCAUCUGCACUGAUCUGAAAUCCCAGGAUAGGUGAAAGCCCUAUGGGCCAAAUGUGACAGGAGAGUGUCAUCUCACCUAUCCACCUGUUGCAGACUAGUGCAGGUGAAGGACGGAGAUGAGAAAAGGACGCCAUUGUAGACUUUUGAGACCAACCCCGUUGUGUGAAUCCUCACUGAAUGCUGUUUGCAGACUGGGGGACGUAGGUUUUGUUAACUGAACACAUGCUAACUUAUAUUCACAGGUCUUUGUUGGAUUUAAAAAAAUAAAUGUAUGCCUACUGUAAACCGUGACUAGGUGAGCUGUCACUGAGUUGGCACAAUGAUAAUGUCAUGGGCUAGUGUAUAACAAAAAGGUGGUCCUUCUGGGUUGUUAACCUCUUUCUAUUGGACACAAGUGAUGGAGGUCUGUCGUGAUUGGGCAAAGACCUCUCUGAUGUCCAUCUUUCACGAAAGGUAGCUGCAAUGUUCAUGUGAUUGUAACUAUGACGACGGAAGCCUUUUUGAGGUCGAGAACUGGAUCGCGUUUCCUGUCGUUGUGACUCGUGCGUUUGGACACGAGGACAAAAGCCUAUUCUUCUACAAGAGUUCUGAUCCUUUGAAUACUACUGCUGUCAUAUGUGUAGUGUGGCCUCUAUCAACUAUGUAUUGUGUGGUGUUGUCUGAGGUGGUUCAAUGAAAAUCUGUACAUAUAUAUAUGAAAAUACACAAUCUAAUAUUCUC